AUAGAACAAGAUAUGAUGGACCUUCGAUCGAGUGGUGCGGUCGGUCGAGUGAUUGAUGAAAUCGAAGACCCUCUGGCGUUUAUGCGGGCGGUCCAUACCACGUGGCGCCACGAGAUUGCAGUGGCAGAAGGACGUAUGGCCAAAAGCACGGCGCGUCACCUGUUGCAAAUCGAUCCGUCGGAAGUGAUACAUGAGCAAACCAACGACGGCGCGUUCCUUCGCUCGCGGUACCGCGCCGUGUGCUUGGGGGAAUCUGUGGACAUUUCCCAUCUCAACGAAGCGUUCAUUGUGCUCUCUUGCGUGUCCGACAGCACAUGUGAACUGGACAAACUGCCCCACAAAACACUGUCACUGCUGCUGCGCACGCAGUUGCUCUUUUACGACACAUUUCCGUCGGCGUUCCAGUCGAUUCCGUACGACGCGUACGAUUUGCUGCUCAAGCUAUUGGGUCAGUUUGACUUUCGAGUGGACAUGGACGAUCCUGCGUAUUCUCUCGAGCACGACAUCCACGCGAUGGAGUUGCUGUCGUUGUCGAUGGAGUUGCUAUUGGCGACCAUGAUUUCGUCGCCUUGGAACGUCGAGCAAAUGCUUCGCGCGCAAGGCCUGCACACGAUCAUUGAAAUCACCGACUUGUGCCGCCAAUCUCAAACGGGAUGGGUAUCGGAGGGCGACUCUACGUUUGAUUAUAUUGGGGGGUUGAGUGUCCGCGUGCUCUUGGCCGUGGCCAACACGGACGUCGGCCGCGAUGAAUUGGCCUUUGAACACCAGCAUCCGAUGAAGAAACCGUCUAUUCGACCCGUGCUUUCGAUUGUGAGCGAUCUGAUCCACCAAAAUGUGAACGACGUCAACAUCAACAUGAUCAUCCUCGCGCUGGACAUUCUCAGCCUCAUGGGUCGUCAAGAAGCGGCACAAUCGACGAUUCUAACCUCGACCAUGGCGUUCUGGCAUGCGCUGCAGCUCGUGAUUGUGCACGGCACACACCCGUCCAAGCACCAACUCGUGUGUGCGGCGCUGCGCUGCGUGCGUGUGCUGGCGGGGUUUGAAGGAAUGGACGCGGCGCCGCGCCCGGACGUCCAAAACGCGCUCACGGCACUUGUGCCCAUGUGGACGCCGACGUUCAUGGCGGCCAAAUCACCCGUCGAUGAGAUUGUAUCGAUUGUGUUUCAAGACCUGUACGUGCCGCAGUUUAUCUGGUUUGACGACAUGCGCUGCGAAGUCCAAGCGUAUCUAGACACGUUGCUGGAAUUCCAAGUCCCCCCGCAGUCAUUUUAUGACGUGGCGCGCCAGUUUUCAUUUGACGCAUUGGAUGGGGAGCCCAUGGUUGGCGGUAUCUUCCUCCGGGUGUACAAGCAAGGCCCUGACCGGGCCCUGCCACCGGCGGUCGCCGCCGACUUUUGCGAGCAGCUGCUUGUGUUUCUGUACGACCACGCGAUUCCCGGUCGACCUCGAUACGACGAAACGCUGCUGGCACUCGAGUGCUUUGCGCUGCUCACGGAAACGAGCGCCCCCGACGUCGAGCGCAGUUGCUUGUCGUCGUUUUCAGAACCACCGCUGCUCCAUGCACUGGGCUUGUUUAUGACCAUGGGGGUGCCCAAGUCCAACAAUGGCGGGUUCGAUGUGGAUGCCGUCCAGCGCCGCGAUGCCGCCACCACGUGCAUGCGGGCGUUGGCGAGGCACUGCGACGACGCGACGGUGCUGGCGCCGCUGAGUCCGUUCUGCCAAGACAUGUUGGCCAUGGCGGAGUUGCAGGCCGGGGAAACCGACGCCCCCCUCGCGUGCCUCCAGGAACUGUGCGAGGCGAGUCCGGAUAUUGCCAAGCACGUGUUGACGUCGACUGUGUGGAUCACGUUGUUUGCCAUGAUGAUCCAAGCCAAGCACUAUGUGACUGAAGAUCAGCACAUGGCCGCCGACACGCUACGACGGCCGGCCGCUGCGGUGUGGUAUGCGUUGCUGCACGGCAGUGACGACGACGAUGUGCAGCAACUUGCUCUGGAGCGACUCAAGUUGCUGUUGCCGUAUGCGUUGAUGCAAACGUUGGUGGACGAUCCCGACGAGUUUGACGACGAGUUUGAGGAAUCGGCGUUCGACGCUGAGCUGAUUUGGAACGACCACACUCGAGGGGACUUGCGCAGUCAUGUGGAAUACCUGGUAUCCCAACCGAACCCAUCGUUCCCAGAUGAUCAGAUGGACUACACGCACCUGGACCACGGUGUGGUUGUGGGCGAUUUCUAUUUGGAUUUGUUUCUGCAAAACCCCGAGGCGACGUCUCUCCGCCAUCCAUUUCACAUUGCGUCGCAACUGGUGGCCGUGUGGCAGCAAGAACUAGCCAACCUCAUUCCUCUGGCCUCGCAGUCCAUGAUGAGUCCCCCCUUCAGUCUGCCAGAGCUGGUCGAACGAGGCGUCGACAAUGCUGGGCUCGUCAAUAAACUCACCAACGCCCUUGUGUUUAUCUAUCGGGAAUACGUGGACGUGAAAGCAACUGUAGAGGACGACACGACGCUGUGCACCGACCUCAUGCAUGUGCUAGAGCAAUGUCAAACCGAGCGCGCGAUUGGAUUCCCCCAAACGUGCGUACUUCGACUCAUGCAAGUGUUUGCCACCAACCACACAUUUGACACGGCGGCGGGCCUUCAAGCGCUGUUGAUGCCUCUCGUUCGGAAGCACCAGGACCCUAUCCUUGUGCUGGACAUCAUUCGCACGAUUCUGGAGACGCAUUUGGGGAAACCCAAGCCGCAGCAAGCCUUUGACGCGCUGCACGUGGUGCGAGAGCUCGGCAUGCUCGCCGUUGUCAUGGGGUACGUCGAUGGCUCGGCAGACAUGAGCAACGUCCGUCGCCCUGCCGAAUGCCAAGCAUUGGCCAUCUCGAUCAGUCGCAUGCUUCAGCCGCUUGACCUGGAUCCGUCUCCCGUCCAGGCCGCGCCUAUUGCAACCACCCGCGCCAGUCUCCCCAACAUGCCGACGGAGCCCCCUCGUCCAUCGGUGGAUGUGGUGCCCCGUCCUACCGCGACCCCAUCCUUCGUCCGUCAGCUGUCUAUCCCGACCGUUCGAUCUAGUGGACGACGCAGUAUGCCAGCCAACUAUCCGUACAGCCGAAAUCACGGCAUGCAAUCCAAGCCACAGCCGCCGCCGCCGCGCAAGCUGGUGUCUGAAGUUAGCAUCGACAGCGCCUCUGUGGACCAUUCGUUCAUUGCCCCGUUGGUGCCCACGACAUCACCCGAGUCCCACUCGGACGCCAGCGACCCCCGCACGUCGGCGGCAUUCCAUCGCGUGGACGAGGAAGGCUCGGAACAAGACGCCUCGGAGUACGAAGUCGACAUACCGUCCGAGGUGGAGUUUGACUUGCAUAACGACCAAGGCAUGCCGCCACCAGCAGAAGAGUAUGACCUUUAGAACCAGGAGUAUUAUUUAUAGUGAUAAUAAUACACGUGCAUGUUGACG